AUGGCAGCUGUACCCCGAUACUCCGGGAAAGUGGUGGUAGUGACUGGGGGUGCUCGCGGCAUCGGGGCUGGGAUCGUGAGAGCCUUCGUGGACAGUGGAGCUCAAGUGGUUUUCUGUGACAAGGACGAGGCGGGGGGCCGGGCUCUGGAGCAGGAACUCUCGGGCACUGUCUUCGUCCGUUGUGAUGUGACACAGGAAAGAGAUUUGCAGACUCUGAUUUCCGAGACCCUCUCUCGGUUUGGCCACCUGGAUUGUGUGGUGAACAAUGCUGGCUACCACCCACCUGCACAGUGGCCUGAGGAGACGUCUGCCCAGGACUUUCGCCAGCUGCUGGAGCUGAACCUACUGGGCACCUACACCCUGACCAAGCUUGCCCUUCCCCACCUGCGGAAGUGCAGAGGUAACAUCAUCAACAUCUCCAGCCUGGUUGGGACCAUCGGCCAGUCCCAGGCAAUUACCUACGUGGCCACCAAGGGGGCAGUGACAGCCAUGACGAAAGCUCUGGCCUUGGAUGAGAGCAGAUAUGGUGUCCGUGUCAACUGCAUCUCCCCAGGGAACAUCUGGACUCCACUGUGGGAAGAGCUGGCAGCUUCAACCUCAGACCCCAGUGCCACCAUCCUAGAAGGCACCUUGGCCCAGCCCCUGGGCCGCAUGGGCCAGCCAGCUGAGGUAGGAGCUGCAGCCGUGUUCCUGGCCUCUGAAGCCACCUUCUGUACAGGACUUGAGCUUCUUGUGACAGGGGGUGCAGAACUGGGGUAUGGGCGCAAGUCUACUAGAAGCAGCCUCAGGGAAACCCCUAUUCUCCCUCCCUAAUUCCCACUAAGUUAUGUCCUACUUAGUCCUCUUUCCCUUUCCUUUUUUGUGUAGUACUGGAGAUUAAACCUAGGACAUUUUUUUGUGCUAGGCAGGGCUCCACCAUUGAAUGACACCGGGUACCUCACUGGGGGUUCAGGCAGGGCUCCACCACUGAACCACACCCGGGUACCUCACUGGGGGUUCUAGGCAGGGCUUCACCACUGAACCACACCCGGGUACCUCACUGGGGGUUCUAGGCAGGGCUCCACCACUGACUGUUAAAAGUUCACAAAGAAACUCAGGACAAAUGGCUACUGUGAUGCCUAUGCAUGCAUAGCAAAGCCCAGGCUGUCAGCCAGGUUCACACAAAGCCUGUGGCUUCUCUGUGCUUCCUCAUCCUUGUCCCCUACUCUAAACCUCUCCACCCCUGGAACUUAACUCGUUUUCCCGCAGCUUCUGAUUCCUACACAAACCUGCCAUUUCAGCCGCGUGCUUGCCCCCUCAUGGCCCAGUUCAAUCUGGACUCUUCCAGAUGCCCCUGGUUGUAUUCUCAUAUAUAUAUUUAUGAUAAAACCUUCUCAGCCAUACCUUGGUGUGAUCAUCAUUUCAUCUGCGAACCACAACCGCGGCCCCUCACUGGGGGAUUCUAGUCAUAUGCUCUACCACUGCCCCAAACUCCUGCUUCUCACUUAAAGUUGCCCCUCCCUCAUCUAGCAUUUCCCUCCUCAAAUUUCCAACUGUUCCCCCUAUCUCCCAGGGUUUGAAAGACCUGGAUAAAUCCAGACCCCCCCAAAAAAUAGAGCCAAAAAUCUAAGCAGGAAGAGAAGAGCCAAAAAUCUAGGUUAGCCGGUUCAGCAACUCUGUUUUAGGAAGUAGCUGAAGAUAGUUAGAUUAUAAUCUUGAGAAACAGGGAGUUACCCCUUGUGAUUAUCACUGGUAUUUUCGGGAUUUUUCAACGAUCACUGGUAUUUUCGGGAUUUU